UGCGUGCGCGUUGCGUGUGUGUGUGUGUGUGUGUGUGCGUGUGUUUGUGCGCGCGCGUGCGCCUCUUGCCUGCAGCCGCUGCCAGUCGCACCGAGCUAACAGCGGUUUUUGUACGUAUGAUGCACCGUGGUCGACGCACCUGUGAGGAGCAAUAAACCCAGCCCCGGUACCGCCUGGUGCCCGCCGCCCCGCCGCCCCGCACCAGCACCGUCAGCAGCGGGAACACUGCUGCUGCUCACACCGACCUGGAUUUUAAAAAGACUACGGCUUUGUGGAGUUUACGGCUGGAUUUUAGCAGUUGGAUACUCUGGCUGCUGUUUAACUAAGUGAUGGAACCAAGAGCGGCCACUGGAUCCCUUGUCAGCUCCAUUUCACAGUGGACAACAUGAAGGAGGAACGUCUACUCGCCCUGAUAGCCAGAGAAGUCCAUUCCAUCAGACCGUGCACCAUGAGUCUUGAUAGCAUCUGUUCUGAAGUGUAAAAAACCCCCAAAAAACAAAACUCAUUAAUACAUCACCUCCUCCUCUCUCCCUCUGCCGGUCCUCUCUUUAACACUUAGGAGGAGAGCAACAAUACCUCCAUUCCUACUGGACAAUUUGCUGAUGUGAUUGACCUUAAGACUGUUAACCACAACGACUGUUCUCCUACUAGUGCUCCUUUCCCCCUUUAAAAACAUAUUUUUAUAAGAAAUAUUUAUCUGAAUAUAUCUCUGCACAUAUUGUGGAUAAAACUGUGGAUCCUUGAAAUUCCGCCUAAUCACCUGAAGGUUCGAUUUCAUUGAUUCCCCAUCAGACACCUUCUUGGAUUAAUAUUUUUUGCAGCUAUGGAUCUUGUAGGUUUUUCUAUCAGGCUGCAAGUGUUCCUCAGCACAUGUCUGGGACUGGAAUUUUUAGGCACACCAGGUCAGUGGGCACGCUACCUCCGCUGGGACGCCAGCACCCGCGGUGACCUCAGCUUCCAGUUCAAGACAGAGGCCUCGGAGGCGCUGCUGCUGUACUUUGAUGACGGAGGCUACUGUGACUUUCUGCAGCUGGCGGUGGUGGAGGGCCGACUGCAGCUGCGCUUCAGCAUCGACUGUGCUGAGACCACGGUGGUGUCCGACAGACGGGUGGACGACAACAGCUGGCACUUUGCCACUCUGAGCAGGUAUAACCUGCGCACAGUGCUCGUACUGGAUGGCCAGGCCAAAGCAGAUGAGGUGCGGCCUCAGCGUCUGUUCAUGAAAAUAGUCAGCGACCUGUUCCUGGGUGGAGUGCCUCAGGAUAUCCGCAAUGGUGCGCUCACACUGCCCACGGUGCGAAACAUGCAGCCCCUCAGGGGCACAAUUACAGACCUCAAAUAUGGCAUCUCACAGCCCCUGUUCCUGGGAAGCCUUAAGGUGCCCCUGGAGUCAGAAGGGUGGUGCACCAUGAACCCGUGUGAGAACGGCGGUACGUGCUCAGUGGUGGAUGGAGAGCCGGUCUGCGACUGCUCCAAAACAGAGUACAAGGGCCGCUUCUGCAGUGAAGAGGUCAACAACAAUAUGCCAGGCCUUGCACAUAUGAUGGCAGAACAAGCUAAAAGCAAAGGUACAGCUUUUUCGAAAUCUUUCCUUUUCCGCCUCUAUGAAAAGCGACGCUUGCUCUCAAGGGAGGAGAACGUGGCCACUUUCCGUGGCUCGGAGUACUUCUGCUAUGAUCUUUCCCAGAACCCCAUCCAGAGCAGCAGUGACGAGAUUACGCUCUCCUUCAAGACGUGGCAGCGCAAUGGCCUUAUCCUUCACACCGGCAAGUCAGCCGAUUACGUCAACCUGGCGCUGAAGGACGGCGCUGUCUCCCUUGUUAUUAACCUGGGCUCUGGAGCCUUCGAGGCAAUUGUGGAGCCAGUCAACGGGAAGUUCAACGACAACUCGUGGCACGAUGUCAAAGUGACCCGUAACCUCCGCCAGGUGACGAUAUCAGUGGACGGGAUUCUGACCACCACGGGCUACACCCAGGAAGACUACACCAUGCUUGGAUCUGAUGACUUCUUCUAUGUUGGUGGGAGCCCCAGCACAGCGGACCUCCCUGGAUCUCCAGUCAGCAACAACUUCAUGGGCUGUCUCAAGGAGGUGGUGUAUAAGAACAACGACAUCCGUCUCGAGUUGUCCCGCCUGGCUCGAAUUGUGGACCCUAAGAUGAAAAUUCAGGGCGAGGUGUCAUACAAGUGUGAGAAUGUGGCCACCCUGGACCCCAUUUCUUUCGAGACUCCCGAGGCCUACAUCAGCCUCCCCAAGUGGAACACCAAGCGGAUGGGAUCCAUCUCUUUCGAUUUCCGCACGACCGAGCCCAACGGCCUUAUCCUCUUCACCCAUGGCAAACCCCAGGAGCGAAAAGACGCUGCCCGCAGUCAGAAGAACACCAAGGUGGAUUUCUUUGCAGUGGAGCUGCUGGAUGGCAGCCUGUACCUGCUGUUGGAUAUGGGCUCAGGGACUAUCAAGGUGAAGUCCACCCAGACAAAGGUCAAUGAUGGUGCCUGGUAUCACGUGGACAUCCAGAGAGAUGGACGCUCGGGCACCAUCUCUGUAAACAGCAGGAGGACCCCGUUCACUGCCAGUGGUGAGAGUGAAAUUCUGGACCUGGAAGGCGACAUGUACUUGGGGGGGCUUCCCAACGACCGCACCAACCUCAUCCUGCCCACUGAGCUCUGGACAGCGAUGCUCAACUACGGCUAUGUGGGCUGUAUCCGUGACCUUUUUAUUGACGGUCGAAGCAAGGACAUCCGUCAGAUUGCUGAAGCACAAAACGGCGCUGGCAUCAAACCCUCGUGCAACAAGCAGCCUGGCAAGCAGUGUGAGAGCUACCCAUGCAAGAACCGAGGUGUCUGCAAAGAAGGCUGGAAUCGUUUCAUCUGCGACUGCACUGGCACUGGUUACUGGUCACGCACCUGUGAGAGAGAGGCUUCCAUCCUCUCUUAUGACGGCAGCAUGUACAUGAAGGUGGUGAUGCCGACCAUCAUGCACACGGAGGCCGAGGACGUCUCCCUGCGCUUCCGUUCCCAACGGGCAUAUGGCCUCCUCAUGGCCACCACCUCCCGAGACUCAGCCGACACGCUUAGGCUGGAGUUGGACGGGGGUCGUGUCAAACUCACGGUCAACCUAGACUGUAUCAGGAUAAACUGUAACUCCAGCAAGGGACCGGAGACCCUGUAUGCCGGGCAAAAGCUCAAUGAUAAUGAAUGGCAUACAGUGCGUGUGGUGCGUCGCGGCAAAACCUACAAGCUAACGGUUGACGAUGAUGUAGCAGAAGGACAAAUGGUGGGUGACCACACUCGUCUGGAGUUCCACAACAUCGAAACCGGCAUCAUGACAGAGCGUCGGUUUGUUUCCAGCAUCCCAUCCAGCUUCAUUGGUCAUCUGCAGAGCCUUAGAUUUAACGGCAUGCUCUACAUCGACCUAUGCAAGAAUGGUGACAUUGAUUAUUGCGAACUCAAUGCCCGCUUUGGGAUUCGUUCCAUUAUCGCCGACCCCGUCACCUUCAAAUCCAAGAGCAGCUAUCUGAGCCUGGCCACCCUACAGGCCUACACAUCCAUGCACCUCUUCUUCCAGUUCAAGACCACCUCCCCAGAUGGCUUCAUACUCUUCAACUCUGGAGAUGGCAAUGAUUUCAUCGCUGUAGAGCUGGUUAAAGGGUAUGUCCACUAUGUGUUUGACCUUGGAAAUGGGCCCAACCUCAUCAAGGGAAAAAGUGAAAGGGCACUGAAUGACAACCAGUGGCACAAUGUGGCCAUCACCCGAGACAACAGCAACACCCACACACUGAAAGUAGAUGCUACAGCCACUAGUCAGAGUAUCAAUGGGGCCAAGAACCUGGACCUGAAAGGUGAUCUGUUCAUCGCAGGACUGGGUCCCGGCAUGUAUGGCAAUCUGCCUAAACUGGUGGCUUCCAGAGAAGGCUUCCAGGGCUGUUUGGCGUCAGUGGACCUCAACGGCCGCCUGCCAGAUCUCCUCAGUGACGCCUUAUUUCGCAGCGGACAGAUUGAACGUGGAUGCGAAGGUCCCAGCACCACAUGUCAGGAGGACUCCUGUGCCAACAUGGGCAUUUGUAUCCAGCAGUGGGAAAACUACACCUGCGACUGCUCCAUGACUUCCUACACUGGCACACAGUGCAAUGACCCUGGGACCACGUACAUCUUUGGCAAAGGAGGAGGCCUCAUCACAUUCAAGUGGCCAGCCAAUGAGAGGCCAAGCACCAGGACCGACAGGCUGACCGUCGGCUUCAGCACCUCCCUGAAAGAUGGCAUCCUGGUCAGGAUUGACAGCGCACCUGGUCUGGGUGACUAUCUCAUGCUGCACAUACAACAAGGCAAAAUCGGGGUGACAUUCAACAUUGGCACAGUGGAUAUCAGUGUGCAGGAGAGCAGUACCCCAGUGAAUGAUGGGAAGUAUCAUGUUGUCCGCUUCACCAGGAAUGGUGGCAACGCUACGCUGCAGGUGGACAACUGGUCGAUCAAUGAACACUUCCCAACAGGGAACAGCGACAUUGAACGCUAUCAAAUGGCCAAUAAGAAAAUUCCUUUCAAAUACGCCAGACCAGUAGAAGAGUGGCUACAAGAGAAAGGACGGCAGCUAACAAUUUUCAACACCCAAGCGACAGUCGCAAUCGGUGGUAGUGAUCGCGGCCGGCCCUUUCAGGGUCAACUGUCUGGCCUUUAUUACAAUGGGCUCAAGGUGUUGAACAUGGCUGCUGAGGGCAACCCUAACAUCAAGAUUAAUGGCAGUGUGAGGUUGGUAGGUGAUGUGCCCAGUGUGGCAGGCUCAGCCAGGACCACGGCCAUGCCUCCAGAGAUGUCCACUACCUUCAUUGAGACUACCACUAUGAUGUCCACCACUACCACACGGAAACACAGAUCCUCCUCAACUGUACAGCACACGGGAGAUGAAAUUGUGUCAUCUGCAGAGUGUUCGAGUGACGACGAGGACCUGGAGGAGUGUGAAACUAGCCAUGCAGGUGGGCUAGGAGCUGAGUUAGUCAUCCCAGUACUUGAGGAUCCAUUAGCGCACCCCUCUGUAGCUCCUCGUGCACCCUUCAUUCCCACUCCCUCAACCCACCACCCACUCCUCACCAUUAUUGAGACCACCAAAGAGUCCCUGUCCAAGGCCACUGAGGCGGGGGUACCUUGCUUGUCGGACCGAGGCAGCGAUGAUUGUGAUGAUGAUGGCUUGGUGAUAUCGGGGUAUGGCUCUGGGGAAGCGUUCAAGUCUAACCUGCCCCCUACUGAUGAUGAAGAUUUUUACACGACCUUCUCCUUGGUAACAGAUAAGACCUUGUCCACGUCAGGCUUUGAAGGUGGCUACAAAGCUCACGCGCCCAAGACUUUUAGACCUAACAAACCUUCAAUCUCCAGACGCGGUAGAGCUACCACUACCGCCAUACCACUAACCGCCGACCAGAGCCGCACCACCGCCACCUCUGCCUCCACCGCAACCCUCCACAAUGCUCCGGCCAAACAGCCGGCUGGCAAAAUGAAUAACCGCGAGCUAAAACCCCAGCCCGACCUAGUGUUGCUUCCAUUGCCCACAUCCUUUGAGGUAGACAGCACCAAGCUGAGGGGCCCAUUAAUAACCUCCCCAAUGUUCCGUAAUAUACCCACAGCACUCCCCACAGAGCCGGGCGUCAGGCGAGUUCCAGGGCCCUCGGAAGUGGUCCGUGAAUCUAGCAGCACCACCGGGAUGGUCAUCGGAAUAGUGGCGGCCGCUGCCCUGUGCAUCCUCAUCCUUCUGUAUGCCAUGUAUAAGUACAGGAACAGGGAUGAAGGCUCCUACCAGGUGGACGAGAGCAGGAACUACAUAACCAACUCAGCUGUGCAGAGCAAUGGCGCUGUCAUGAAGGACAAACAGCAGAGCUUGAAAGGCAGCAACAAGAAACAGAAAAAUAAAGAUAAGGAGUAUUAUGUGUGACUGUGAGACUUUCGUGAACACGAGAGAGUGAAGAAAGAAAGCACUAAGAGAACAUUUACUUAUCAGUUUCCUUGUGAGGAGCUAUGACAAAUGAUGGUAUAACGUGGAACUUGAAUAAUCCUAUACUGUGCUGAGUAGUUGAACUGAUGAUAUGUACUGUAAUAUAAAGCACACUUACUAUUGUAAGCAUAACGACAAGGCUAAAUAGCAACUUUAGAGACCUAACUCUUCUAUCUGGUCAGAGACGUUAUCAGUAUAGAAAUAUUUCACAGCUACAUCAUUCUCCUAAGUGACUUUUAGAGCUAUGUGAUCCUUGGCAUUGAACAAAAAACUUUUUUGUAAAAUUGUUAAUUACAAAAGGCUCAUAAUCUUAUACAUUUUCAGCAUGUAAGCAACAUGUAGUGCUUAACAAGAGGGGGGUCAGGCACACCAUCAUUGUAAAACUAAAAAAGGACUCUUGUUAUAUCAGAAUAUGACAAAUUUUUAUGGUUUAUACAUAAUACAAGUGUGGUGUCUAACUUAUUUUUGCUUUAAGCAAAAGAAACAAAAAGACAAAAAGAACAGCAAGAAAAGAAAACUAUUUCUGUGUAUAAAAUGAUACCAAGUGAGCAAAUUGCCAUGGGCAGAUCUCAUAGAAUCUGUUGGCUCUGGCAUCUGAUUCACCAGUUAUUCCUCAUUGUCUGACAGACGGAGUGACUCACUUUGUGGAAAGAAGUGGCCGUUUCUCUUGGUAAAAAGCAACUGAUUGUAAAAUGCAUGCCAUCCUAAUUCAGUACAGUAAAGUACAGUACAGUAAAAGUCCAGUAUACAGUGUUGAACUUGGACCAUGUUCUCUUUAAUGCCAAACAGUUCUUCAUCGUCAGAUCAGAACUUAGCCCCUGUCCUCUCUUUUCGAUCCCCUCAAAAAUGUUAACCAUGGAAAAAACUCUCUAAAAGAAAAAGGUCUAUUAUUGAUGCACAGCCAGUGGUGGUUUUAUCUUUUUGCAAAACUGUAUGUUGGUUCAUUGCCUAUCGUUCUCUUUUUUUAUGGAGGUGUCAGGAAACAAAUGCAGUACUACAACACUGUUAACAAAUGUGUAUACAGAAAUAAAUCAAAUGUUGAAAGUGUGAAUUCUAUCUGCUGUCACAGUCAACUGUGUCAAAAAACAAGAAAUUUGUUUACAUAUUUUAUUACAUGCUAGCUGUUGUACUUUGUAGGUAGGAAAUUGUACAUAUACCAUGACAGUUGUAAUUUUUAGUACCUCUAUUGUACAGACUGAACAUAUGGUUUAUCAACGUAUUUCAUGACAGAAUCUAUUAACUGUUAAUUUACAUGGAGAAAAACUUUAAUCAGAAUGUGGAGAAUCAUAUUGAUAUUUCAUAAAGAAUAAAAAUGUAUUGUUAGCCUAGAGAUCUAACCAGAGAUGUUUCUAAAGUUGCAUGAAUAUUUAACUACUUGCAGUUGUCCAACAAAUACAAGGUGCCCUUCCUUCUGUAUCAUGGCUUUUUUGUUCUGGGUUACACACUAGUGUUAUUUCUUUAUGAAAAAGAAUAAAGUCAGAGUUAUGGCAAAGACAGAGACACAAAGAGACUACAAUGGAUGGGGGUUCAUAGUUUAAAAGAGCUAAAAAGGUGUUUUUUAUGGGACUGGUCACCUCAAAUCAUUGUCUUGUCACCUCCUUAUCAUUAGUUAACAUUGUGACAAUAUUUUAUUGUUCAUUUAUGUUCCCAUGAACUGCCAUUUUCUUUUAAUGAUGUGGAGGUGCAGCAUUUUUUUUGCCUGAAAUUCAUAUUUUUUUUCACAACCGUUUUUCAUCAGUUUGAUAACAAAUAAAACUUAAUUUUUUUUUUCUCUGAAAUUAUAUUGUAGUCCUUGGUAAAUCCAAUUAUGCAAUUACUCAUGGCAAUACAAUACCACUUUAAUAUUUUCCCUAUAAACGUAAAAUAUUUAGUUUUUCUGUAUAAUAUUCAAUAUAGAGUGCUGCAGGGAUGACAUAUUUUUGUAGGCCAACCUGGAAGUUAGCAUCAUUCUACAAAAAAAUUGCAUAUUGCCUUUGGCCAUACUGCGAUUUUGAUAAUAUUUCGAUUAAUUGUGCAGCCCUACUGGCCACAUGAGCAAACAGCCCCACAACUGUAAUCAGAUUUUAUUCAAAAGCUCUGAUUGGUGCAUGAAAGUAUGUGUUAACACCAACCAGAUACCAGAAAACAUCUUCAUGUAGGAAUCCCCCCUUGGGGGAAGCUGUGUGAAAAAAUGUUUUUGGCACAUUUAAGAGAUCAGUUGGGGCACUGGUUAAAGUCAGGUCCUGGGUUCACAUUGCCUUCAGACUGAACGAUAAGGCAAGGGGCUCCACUUAGAAUAUCCAUCUUUAAUUUAUGGGAGAUUGUACAUUGGCCAAUCACAAAAAAAAACUAAAUCAAAGAAACAGCCAUCCCUUUAUUUAUUUUUGUUUCGCAAGCAUAGACUGCACAUAUGCAUCUCAUCUCACAGCUACUGUACACACAGUAAGUAUUGGCCCACCCAAAUUUUCAAAUGCAUCUCACGUCACAUUAUCUAAGUUAGGCACCUAAGUAUUGAACCUCGGCCAAUUAAAUACACUUGGUUCUAUACUGGGGGGAAACUUAGCCCUCUAUGGAGCAAGGACAGUGACUCUAAAAUCUGGCACUAAAAAUAAAAUUUGGCAUUAAUACAAAAAGAAAAGAACUCUACUUAAAAAAUAAAAUGUAGGCAUUACAUUUUUUUUAUUUUAUCGUUUUUUUAUUCUGAUGUGUUUUUCAGUGACAAUCUUAAGAUUUUUUUCUCCAUAUUUGUCUUUUUCAGCGAUAGGAGAGUGUGAUUUACAUAAAAACUGCAUGCUAAGGAUAAAACCGGACCUGAGGUCUGCUCUGGAUCCUCUGAUUCACACACACCUAGAAUAUGGCAAUGGCUUCCAGGAGUUCACCUGGAACUCCUUAACGGCAAGUAUGUUAGAUCUGUUUCUCUCUUUUCCCAUGGAAACCGUGCUGGGUAAAAGUAAACUUUUAACUGACAUUAGGCUGGUCAGGCAGAGGUCCUCUGGAACAAGCGCUAACAACUAACUUACGUUCGUUUCUAUGUGAAAAAUGAUGACAGAGAGAAACAGACUAAACAGUUUAACGGUUUAGGAGUUCGCCGUAGGAGAGCGGUUGUCUUAAUCAGAUGCCUGACCCAUUGCAACACAAAGGUGUAGCAAUAUCUGAGCUGCUUCCAGAUAUUCAAUCUUUUUAGCCUAGAGAUAAAUGUGAACCCAGUCAACACGUUCUCACUCCCAACUUGUCAAAUACUACUGUUGGUAAGUGGCCCUGCUGUGUGUUGCCCCCCCCCUUCUUAUCUAAUACUAUCAAUUAAAGGCAAUAAAAGCCCCAAAAAAUACAUUAAAAAAAAGACAAGGUAGGUGCCCGUCAAGAACAAAUACGUAAUGUCUGCAACCUCCUCCAUUUAGCUAUAAUAAAUGUCCACAAAGCUUGUGUUGUUAACAUUGUUAAAUGGUUGCAGUUUGGUUUGGUUUACAAAAACUACUUGGUUAGGUUUAGGAAAAAGGUAGUAAGUUACCUUACAUACCUGACAUAACUGGAAAUAAAUUCAUCACAUUUUGAAGCAGAGGGCCACUGACCAAUCAUCAAAAUUUGAUGACUUGGUAGUGACACUGGGUUGGCCCUGCCACCCUGUGAAGGAAAAUCAUUUUCAUGUCCCAAAGCUGUAGGGCCCUGAUGAAAAUUAACCUGUAAACUUGAAGCUUGGAGCAUCUUAAGGCACAGAGCUCUCUGUGCCAUGACAGGUAGAACAUCCUCAUUAUUGCCUAGAUUGUACCAGUCCCCACAAAAGCACAAUAUACUGAAUUCCUUCACUCACUCCAGUCCACUGUAGCGUCAGACCUCAGAACCAGGGCUUCAGACUGUUCCACAUUCAGAUGCAAACCCUUGCUGUGCAGCUUAAGGUCACAGCCUUUAAGUGUGGCUGUUUGGAACAGCUGUAAACACUUUUGCCUUCAGACGUGGUCGUACAACACAUCGUACAAAGUAGCUGUUUUGACCAUAACCCCGCCCUUAAUGGUGAUUUCAUCAGCUCCUUUAUUUUCUCAAGUUUUGUUCAGUUUUUGGGAUCAUUUUGGGUUAUUUUAUUUAUCUUCCUAACACAUAGUAUUCCUAAUUGAGAUGUGUUUUUGUAUCAUUUAUAACAGCAACUUCUUUGUCUGUAGUUACUUUUGAUUCACUCAUUUAUUUCAUCAUUUAUUAUUUUUAACUUAAUGUUUUAUAUAUUUAGAAUAUUUUAUUCUUAAUUUUGUUAUAUGGAUUGUCUUACGGGUUUGAUAUCAGAAUCUUUUGUUUUUUAAACUGAAUUAAACUUUUAAUCAUUAUGAGUUUUCUGGUUCCAGAAUAGCUGAUUGGAGUUAGUUUAAUCAACUCUGAGCUUGUUAAUCAUGCAUUAUUAAGUAUAAAUUCAGUCACUUUUAAACUAAAUUUACUCCAUUUUUGAAACCUUAGUCUUUGUACACCACAGUCCUGCUUGGGUUCAAGGUUCAGAAAUGUCCACAUACAUUCUCCAAUAUGAAUAUUUAUUGAUCAGUGUCUAAAGCUUCACACUGAAUAAUAAUUGUUAUAAUAAUCUUUAUUAAUUAAUAACAGCAAUUUGAAAAUGUUAGUGCAGUGGAAAUGUUCUAACAACCCUCUUACCAGUGUGCACAGUGGCACAAUAAAACUACCAGUCACAAAAGGCGUUGAUGCAUUUUGAGCAGAUGAAUCCAUGUGUAAUAUUUGAAGAUACUAAUUGCAUAUAAAAGCUGAAACAUCCUCGAGCAAUGAUCUAAUAUCCAACUGGGAUUUUGAUAUUCCUCUUCUGAUGUCAAUCUCUGAAAAUUAUUGAAGAUUCGUUUCAAAGCACCUGUAUAGACAGUGAGUUAAAGUUCUAACAGUUUCUGGAACAGAAAACGCAGAGUUUCUCCCAACACAGGGUUUAAACUCAAAAGUUUAUCUGAAGCCACUUUGGAACAGACACCUUAUGAAUAAUCCUAUACUGCCUGGUACUGCUUGGUACUGCUUGGUACUGUGAACUUGUAACUACUUGUUAAAAGUUUGUUUUGAUGUAACUGAGGGCAUUGUUAUGGCACAAACACACUGGAUCAAUUGUGGAUUGAAGUUAACUGAACUGUCGACAGCCUAAUAUUUAUUUUUUUCUGAGCGAGUGAUCCAGCUGCGUGAUGCAUGCAAUCACUGUAUCUGUAUUUGCACAAGCCCUCAACUUUAAUGAAAGUUCAGCCAAUGAACCCGUUCAGCGCAUUACACCAAGCUCAAACUGUCAAACUAGGCAGUGCUGAUUAAAUAUGAAUCAAGAUUAUGUUACAGCAUUGCCUAUCUGUCGUAUCAAAUUUGUUCAGAAACAUAUUUUAUGGUACUGUUUAGAUGUAAUAUGAGAAACUUUCUGACCUGGCCACCAUGGUUUCAUCAAGCACCGCCCGACUCGCAGCCCCACCCGGACUGUUCAGUGUUCCGGUCCAUCCAGAUGUAUCCAUGCUGGAUUCCGUGCGUCUGCACGAUUAGAAGGAGGAGUACAUUAUCAGCAGUUUGACUUGUGGCAGACAGUACUGGCCAGUCACACCAGCUUGUCUUAAAAAACAGCAAACAGUUUGCCAGUAGAUCCUGAAGACCAUCAAGCUUGCUUAAAGGAAACUCUAACCUUAAUGAUAAAACAGAUUCUUUGUCCUUGUCUUUUGAAAUAACCGUUUUAACAAAAAAUAUUAAUAUGAGUUUCUGAAGUUUAGAGGUAAGGUUUUGUUAAGCUUAGGCAUCUAAAACUACUCUGUUAAAGUGGGGAAAUAUUGUGGCUAUGGUUUAAAGAAGAUAGACAGUAAACCCAAGAGAUUCAUGGCCAUAACACUUUCACCUGUGGUUCCCAGACACAACGGUCAUUAUUCACACAACCGCAAGUGGUUGCCAUUAUCACAAUUGAGCCAGCAUAAGUCUUACUGUUUUUCAAUUAGUCUGGUCUGACUACAGUAAUAUAUGACCUGCAUUAAGCUGUACUGUUGUACUGUAUAAUUAUGUGUCUUACUAUUUUAGAUAAACCAAUAAACCAAUUGUCAUCCACUGAGAUGAGGUUAUAUA